CGGUACAAUGCAUCUAAACGUGCUGGUUGCGCCACGCUUCACCCUUUUAGUCUUACCCUUGUACCGCUGACACUGUUUCGGAAAGAUGCUGGGGCGUCGUGCCGCGAUGCUUGCCCGUGAGGCUGGCUUCGGCCGCCCCAUCGGCCGCUCUCCGCAGCAAAUGCAGCAGUCUCGUGGCAUGGCCGGCGGUGAUGACGACGGUGUGCACCGUGUGAACUGGUGGGACGCCCCCACUAACCCUGACAUUUGGAAGAAGCACCAGCUGGCGUGGUGGACUGUGGCUGCCUACACCGGCGUGUACUGGCUGGUGGCUGGCGGCAGCAAGAAGGAGGAGGCCGCCAAGUAAAGCAGCGGCCGUAGGCGCAGCAGUGGCGAGCAGUCGUUGUGCUCCAGCUGCAUGUCAUGGGGGGGAGGGAGCCAGCAGUGAAGGGCAAGCAAUCUGCGGGAGUUGGCACAUGAGGCCUGUGGGGCGUGCAGUGCACCUCUGGCGGGCCGAUUCGGACGUGCUUGGGUUUAGGUAUGGAUGCAUGUAGGCCAGGCCACCGGCUUUUGCGUACAGUGCGCACGCAAUGGGCUGUAUGUACGGGCACUGGCAGGACCGAUGACGAACAGCGGAAGGGCUUAGGUUCGGAAUGGAAGCUUAACCACGUGAGAUGGAUAGAUGUGUAUGAUUUACUGCUGGCCUCACCAGUGGGCUUGCUCAACCGGAUAGAGAUAGGUGCGUCGCAUGGGAGAGGAACAUCGGCUGCUUGUGUAUGGCAGCUGUCGGGACAUCUGUAGUCUGCAUGUUGUAUGCCU